GCACCAAGUCCUUCAACAUGAUGUCCCCCACCGGUGACAACUCAGAGCUGCUGGCUGAGAUAAAGGCUGGGAAGAGCCUCAAGCCAACGCCCCAGAGCAAAGGGUUCACCACCGUCUUCUCCGGCAGUGGCCAGGCAGGGGCCAACGCAGAGUCGCCGGCAUCCUCCCCGUCACCCACCAGGACGCCCACCCCGCCGGCCACCCCUGAGGCUGCCGGGCCGCCACGCUGCCUGGCAGGGGGCUCGCCGGAGCUGGUGCUGAACGGGAGCUCGCCGGUGCUGGCAGCAGGUGCUGGGGCGCCGGUGGAGGCGGAGGUGCUGGUGCCGAGCCACGAUGAGCAGGGCCGGCCCAUCCCGGAGUGGAAGCGGCAGGUGAUGGUGCGCAAGCUGCAGCUCCGCAUGCAGGAGGAAGAGGAGCAGCGGCGCAAGGUAGGGGGUGCCCGCAUCGCCCGUAUCACCACCAACACCUGCAUCAGCCACAUCACCGGCAUCGCCGCCGUCACCUGCAGCGGCCGCAUCACCUGUGGCGGCCCUUACGCCAGCAGCGCACCGGUUCCCGGCCAGGCCGGCACAGCCCCAGGAAGAAGGGCCGGGGACCGGCGGAUGGAGAACGUGCCACUUUAUUGGGGCGGGGGCAGGCGCGCCCGGCAACGGGCGGCCUCGAGAACUAUCCCAUGGGUUCACGGCAGGCUCGGCGCCCGCUCGUCCCGCAAGCGGCCAGGCAGCCGGCGUGCCAGGGCACGGGCCCCCCCCCAGCCCUGGGAGCAGGGGGACAUAAAUAGGGGGGGCGGGCAGGCGGGGAGGGAACAUAAAACUGACAUAAAAUGUCUACACGGCAUAAGUAACAAUACUUAG